GCAGGGAGGGGGGGACACUCAGAUUCCUGGGACGUUAUGGCUUUCAGAAGAAGGAAAAGUUACCCCAUCUUCAGCCAGGAGUUUGUCAUCCACAACCAUGCGGACAUCGGCUUCUUCUUCGUCCUGUGCGUCCUCAUCGCCCUCAUGUUUGAGGUCUCUGCUAAAACUGCCUUUAUCUUCAUCUUACCUCAGUAUAACAGCAGCCUCCAGUCUCUCGAUGGUGAGAUCGUCUAUUAUCACUAUGGUGCGAAGGAUCUGGUCACCAUAUUGUUCUAUGUUAUCAUUGCAAUCAUUCUGCACGCGAUCGUCCAGGAAUAUAUGCUAGACAAAAUAAACAGACGGCUCCACCUGUCUAAGGUAAAGCAAAGCCGCUUUAAUGAAUCCGGGCAGCUGGCGGCAUUUCACUUGGCCUCCAUGUUUUGGAGUCUGUAUGUUGCGGCCACGGAAGGUUAUUUAUCUAAUCCAAAGACCCUAUGGGAAAGUUAUCCUCAUGUGUAUUUACCAUUUCAAGUGAAGUUUUUCUACCUGUGCCAGCUGGCUUAUUGGCUACACGCUCUGCCAGAAUUAUACUUCCAAAAAGUAAAGAAGGAGGAAAUCCCUCGGCAGCUUCAGUACAUUGUACUUUAUUUACUUCAUAUAGGAGGAGCUUAUUUGCUGAAUUUAACCCGUUUGGGGUUGAUAUUGCUGUUACUACAGUCAGUUGCCGAGUUCCUUUUCCAUAUUGCACGGCUUUUCUACUUCACUGAUGAAAACAAUCAAAAGCUUUUUAAUGCCUGGGCGGUGGUUUUUGUGGUCUCCCGACUUUUUACUCUCACCCUCUCUGUCCUGACCAUCGGGUUUGGGCUUGCUAGAGCAGAGGUCCACACCUUCAACCCAGAUAAAGGCAACUUCAAUACAUUGCUUUUCAGGAUGAUUGUGUUGCUUAUGAUGUGCGUGUCGCAGACUUGGAUGAUGUGGCGAUUUAUUCACUUCCAGUUGCGUCGUUGGCGAGAGUGCUGUAAAGAACAAGCUGCUAAGAAGAGGAUUCCUGUAGCUGUGAUGGCCAAGCAACAGGUCAAAAUUCUUAAAAGGGAUUCAGGCUAUCAUGAAAAUGGAUUGGUUAAAGCAGAGAAUGGAUCCACACCUCGACCGAAAAAAAUAAAGUCUCCAUAAUAAACAAUAAAAACAAAGCCAAACCCUUGUGGCAGAGAAUCUGGGGCACAUGGAGGACCCGGGACUAGAACUGUGCCCCAAAUUCUGUCAUCUUCUGUGCCCAUCUGGGCUAGAAAAAAAGUGCCUUCAAAAAAUCCUCAUUAGAAACUUUUUGUUAUGGUAUUUAAAAAAAAACAAAGAAAAUUCUGCUAUGUGCCGAACUUGCCUUCAACCUGUACCUGGUACACUCAAGCCUCGGAAAGCGUAAAUUCCCUCUUUCUGAGUGGAUUACAGUAUUUCUUUUUUGACACCCUUGCACAGCAAAUAGUUUUCUAUGCCGGUUACACAAUCAGCCGUUCCAUUGGGACACUACCUCCAUUCACAGCCCGUUCAGUGGUGUCAUUAUAUCUUGCAACGUACGUAUAAGCACUACUUCUGGGAUGUUGUGUGUCUUACCAUGUUGGACUGCAUGUUGGUUCCUUCAAUGGCCAUGCCCUUUUUCACCUCCACAGCUUAACAGUCA